CCUCGUUUGGAUCCAUCCAUUCAUCGUCUCCAGUUCGAGCGCGCUGGUCAUUGCUGAUCGGAGGAAGAAGAUGGCGCCGGUGAAGAUCGGAGUGGUCUUGGCUGUGGUGGCGCUGCUGGCGGCCAUUGCUGGGCGCGUGGAGGCGGCGCAGUGCAAUGGCAGCCCGGCGAUGCUGGCCAGCUGCCUGCCCGCGACGCAGAGCAGCACCUCGUACCCGGGCGCGCAGUGCUGCUCCUCCCUCACGCGCUUCCGCGGCAACCCCGACUGCCUGUGCUCCACCAUGCUCACCGCGCGCCAGCAGUUCACCUUCUCCGUCCCCAACGCCUUCACCAUCCCCGAGCGCUGCGGCUACGCCAACGAGAUCCCGCCGCACUACAAGUGUGGAAACUACGUUGUGGGGCACUGAGCGAGCGAGGAGAGCACUGUUCUAUGUACGCUGAUCAAUGUUUACAAUAUAUAUAUAUAUACUCUGGUUUCCUGUCA